AUGAGCUUCAGCGGCGCCGACGCGCUGCUGGGCGCCUUCGCGCCGCUUCACGGAGGCGGCAGCUUGCACUAUGCGCUGGCUCGCAAAGGCGGCGCGGCCGGAGCGCGCUCUGCAACCGGCUCCUCCAGCGGAUUCCACUCAUGGGCGCGGACCUCCGUGAGCUCCGUGUCGGCCUCCCCGAGCCGCUUCCGAGGCGCCGGGACUGCCUCCAGCACCGACUCGCUAGACACCCUGAGCAACGGACCGGAGGGCUGCAUGGUGGUGGCGCGCAGCGAGAAGGAGCAGCUGCAGGCGCUGAACGACCGCUUCGCGGGCUACAUCGACAAGGUGCGGCAGCUCGAGGCGCAUAACCGCAGCCUGGAGGGCGAGGCGGCGGCGCUGCGGCAGCAGCAGGCGGGCCGCGCCGCCAUGGGCGAGCUGUACGAGCGCGAGGUGCGCGAGAUGCGCGGCGCGGUGCUGCGCUUGGGCGCGGCUCGCGGCCAGCUGCGCCUGGAGCAGGAGCACCUGCUUGAGGACAUCGCGCACGUGCGCCAGCGCCUGGACGACGAGGCCCGGCAGCGCGAGGAGACCGAGGCAGCGACGCGCGCACUGGCCCGCUUUGCGCAGGAGGCCGAGGCAGCGCGCGUCGAGCUGCAGAAAAAGGCGCAAGCCCUGCAGGAAGAGUGCGGCUACCUGCGGCGUCACCACCAGGAGGAGGUGGGCGAGCUGCUCGGUCAGAUUCAGAGCAGCAGCGCCGCGCAGACGCAGGCCGAGGCGCGGGAUGCCCUCAAGUGCGACGUGACGUCGGCCCUGCGCGAGAUCCGCGCGCAGCUUGAAGGCCACACGGUGCAGAGCACGCUCCAGUCCGAGGAGUGGUUCCGAGUGAGGCUGGACCGACUGUCUGAGGCAGCCAAGGUGAACACAGACGCCAUGCGCUCAGCACAGGAGGAGAUAUCUGAGUACCGGCGCCAGCUGCAGGCCAGGACCACAGAGCUGGAGACGCUCAAAAGCACCAAGGACUCGCUGGAGAGGCAGCGCUCUGAGCUGGAGGACCGUCACCAGGCUGACAUCGCAUCCUACCAGGAGGCCAUCCAGCAGCUGGAUGCAGAGCUGAGGAACACCAAGUGGGAGAUGGCGGCCCAGCUCCGAGAGUACCAGGACCUACUCAAUGUCAAGAUGGCUCUGGACAUUGAGAUCGCUGCUUACAGAAAACUCCUGGAGGGCGAGGAGUGUCGGAUCGGCUUUGGCCCAAGUCCUUUCCUCCUUCCAGAAGGACUCCCCAAGAUCCCCUCCGUGUCCACUCACAUCAAAGUCAAAAGCGAAGAGAAGAUCAAGAUGGUGGAAAAGUCAGAGAAGGAAACUGUGAUUGUGGAGGAACAGACAGAGGAGGUCCAGGUGACGGAGGAAGUGACUGAAGAGGAGGAGAAAGAGGCCAAAGAGGAGGGAGGAGAAGAAGCAACACGGGCUCCUGCAGCAGAAGAGGCUGCAUCCCCAGAGAAGGAGGAGGCCAAGUCCCCCGCGAAGGAGGAGGCCAAAUCCCCAGAGAAGGAGGAGGCCAAGUCACCAGCUGAGGUGAAGUCCCCUGAGAAGGCCAAGUCCCCCGUGGAGGCCAAGUCCCCAGAAAAGGCCAAGUCCCCAGUGGAGGCCAAGUCCCCAGAAAAGGCCAAGUCCCCCAUGAAGGAAGAGGCCAAGUCCCCAGAGAAGGUCAAAUCUCCAGUGGAGGCCAAGUCCCCAGAGAAGGCCAAGUCCCCUGUGAAGGAGGAGGCCAAGUCCCCAGAGAAGGCCAAGUCCCCAGUGGAGGCCAAGUCCCCAGAAAAGGCCAAGUCCCCCAUGAAGGAAGAGGCCAAGUCCCCAGAGAAGGUCAAAUCUCCAGUGGAGGCCAAGUCCCCAGAGAAGGCCAAGUCCCCUGUGAAGGAGGAGGCCAAGUCCCCAGAGAAGGCCAAGUCCCCAGUGGAGACCAAGUCCCCGGAGAAGGCCAAGUCCCCUGUGGAGGCCAAGUCCCCGGAGAAGGCCAAGUCUCCUGUGAAAGAGGAGGCCAAGUCCCCAGAGAAGGCCAAGUCUCCAGUGAAGGAGGAGGCCAAGUCCCCAGAGAAGGCCAAGUCUCCAGUGGAGGCCAAGUCCCCAGAGAAGGCCAAGUCUCCAGUGGAGGCCAAGUCCCCAGAGAAGGCCAAGUCCCCUGUGAAGGAGGAGGCCAAGUCCCCAGAGAAGGCCAAGUCCCCUGUGAAGGAGGAGGCCAAGUCCCCAGAGAAGGCCAAGUCUCCUUCGAAGGAGGAGGCCAAGUCCCCAGAGAAGGCCAAGUCUCCUGUGAAGGAGGAGGCCAAGUCCCCAGAGAAGGCCAAGUCCCCAGUGGAGGCCAAGUCCCCAGAGAAGCCCAAAAGCCCUGUGAAGGAGGAGGCCAAAUCCCCAGAGAAGGCCAAGUCUCCUGUGAAGGAUGAGGCCAAGGCUCCUGGGAAGGAGGUCCCAAAGAAGGAGGAGGCCAAGUCUCCUGUGAAGGAGGAAGAAAAACCCCAGGAGGUGAGGGCCAAAGAGCCCCCAAAGAAGGCAGAGGAAGAGAAAGCUCCAGCCGUACCCAAAGCUGAGGAGAAGAAGGACAGCAAGAAAGAUGAGGUGCCCAAGAAGGAGGCUCCAAAGCCCGAGGAGAAGAAGGAGCCGGCUGUAGAAAAGCCCAAAGAACCCAAAGCUGAAGCCAAGAAGGAAGAGGCUGAAGAUAAGAAAAAAGCAACCACCCCAGAGAAGGAGGCUCCUGCCAAGGGGAAGGAAGAGGCCAAGCCUAAAGAGAAGACUGAGGUGGCCAAGAAGGAACCAGAUGAUGCCAAGGCCAAAGAACCCAGCAAAGCAGCAGAAAAGCCAAAGAAAGAAGAGACGCCAGCAGCACCGGAGAAAAAGGACGCCAAGGAGGGGAAGGCUGCAGAAGCCAAGAAGCCUGAGGAGAAACCCAAAACAGAGGCCCAAGCCAAGGAACCUGGCAAGGAGGCCUCCACACCCGGGAAAGCCAAGGCUGAGAAAUCCUCCAGCACAGACCAGAAAGACAGCAGACCUGCAGAGAAGGCUGCAGAAGAUAAGGCCACCAAGGGGGAGAAGUAA